AUGAAAGAAAAACGAUCUUCUCGACUACUUCAUUGUGCAAGAACACGAAGAAAGCAACAAAUGCAACGUGAAUUAGAAUUACGCCGACAAGUUCGACAACAAACGAGUGAAGUACAAGAGCAAGCAACACAACCAAUUGGAGAGAUAAGUUCAGAGGAAAGAUCGCAAGAAUCUAUUUCAACAGCUCGUGAUGGAAACUUUAAUAGAUCUUCUAAACAAGAAAAGAAGCAUCGAAAAAAUUCUAUGUCUGCGAUGAAUUUGAUUGAAGAUGAUUUACAACAGCGAUUGCAAGAAAUGAAUUCAAAAAAAUCAUCAUCAAAAGCUUCAAAUGUAUCAUCAACAUCUAAUUAUGAUGAAGGCAGCAUAGAACAAUCGGCUACGUUGAGCAGCUCGAAUAGGUCAAGUGAAAGUUCUGAACGUGAUAGAAAACAAUCAUUGAAUGGAUUUUUAAAAGAAUCUGAUAGCAUACAUGAAUCAAACUCACGCAGAAAUCGAAAAUCACGUAGAAAACGUUUGAGGCACAGAAGUGGACGAGUGCAUGAUCGAAGCAAGCGCCAUUUAUUAAAUGAGGUAGGCAAGGAUUCUGCUAUACCUGAUUAUAAUUCAAAUAUCCUAAAAAGUGAAAAGGCAUUAAAAACAGAAAUGACAGUGCCAAGUGAAAGAGUUUCAAAGCAUGCAAGUACUUCGCAUCUUCUGGAUCAAAAAAGUGAAGGAAACCUUGUGAAGAAUGGUAAAAAAAACACUAAUGAAAGGUCAUUGGAAGAGAAUCUUAACAAAGCAAUAUCUCUUCGAUUGGAUUCUGAAAAAAAACGUCAUGACAAGCAUAAAGCUUCCAGAAAUAAACGUAAAAUGAAAAGUAGACAAAAAAAAUUAGCAAACAAUCAACCAUUGCAAGCUUCAAGAAGUGAAGGUUCAAGUUCAAGUACUAAGUCAAAUUCUAGUUUACAAGCAGAGAAAUUAAAGAAACGAUCUUCAGAUGGCAAAAAAGAAGCAUCAAAUCGUAAAAUUUUAACUUCUUCAUUUCAGUCAAAUAGCAAAAAGAAAGCAAAAAUAAGAAGUAAUACAAAAACAAAGUUGAUUAAAAACAAUCAACCAAAUGAUCAAUCUAUAAUUUCAUCAAAUGGAUCAAACCAAAAAAGCAGAAGAAAUUCAAAUCAUUUAUCUUAUUCAAGUAAAUCUGCUAAGAUUAAAAAUAACCUGGCAGAAAAGUCAUCAAGAAGUUGGAAAAAUCGGAAAAUACAACAAGGAAAUGGAAAAAUGCCUCAAAUUAAUUCCAAAGUUAGAUCAGAUCAACAAGUAUCCAAAAGAGACAAAAAAUUUAAUCCUCUCAGAAGUUCUCAAUCAAAUUCACGAACAACAUCGAGAAGUUCAAAAGCUAAAAAAAAUAAAAGAUCGAAAAAUGCUACAAUAUCACUUGAAGAGAUAUCAGCAACAGAUAGAACUUUUGCAGCAGAAGAAAUGAGUUCGAAUCGAACAUAA